CGAGAGUACUGGUACGCGCGUUACACUACGUGCGUAUUUACGGACACGUAUUUACGAAAGAAAAAGAAAAUAAGAAUUAAAAAAAAGAAACUUUUAACAGAAGAUAACCAGGACGAUUUCUUUACGCUUAUGUUACAUAUCUUGUCGGCGGCGGCAGCUUUCAAAGGAAUAAAACUCGAUUCACGGCACGAUCGCGGCGAGUGAAAGAAAAAGAAAGAGAGAGAGAGAGAGAGAGAGAGAGAGAGAGAAAGAGAAAGGAGAAUGGGGGAUAUAGAGAAGGAAAGAGCGUGAGGGUAAACCUAUGGAGAAGGAGAAAGAGAGAGAGAGAGAGAGAGAGAAAGAAGAGGGGGAUAGUCUGGACGUAGAAAGGGAGGAAAAGAGGGAUAAAUACGACGAGAGGGAGGAGCAGUAAAGGAUAGGUAACGAAUCGCUUUACGUUCGCUGACCUCUAUCGUUUCAUCAUCGUCUUCUCUUCGUCGUUGCUCCGUCAUAGACGUCAUUCGUGACCGAGGUCUUGUCUCCUUGUCGAACGAGAAGAAAUAGAGAAAGAGAGAAGAAGAAGAAGAAGAAGAAGAAGAAGAAGAGGACGACGCGCUCGAGCGUGGUGAAGGGCAACGAAUGGUAAAAGGGAGGGGGAGGAAGAGAGAAAAGAAGAGGGAAAAAGGAUCGUCGUUUGUUGUUCGCUUUCCGAGAAGAAAGAACUAGACAGACACAGUGGCAAAAGGGGGAUUGAUUUCCAAGUUUUCGAACGAUUUUGUUAAACGAUUUGUUACAAGGGAGGGUAUUGUCAUUAUUUUAUAUAUGUGUUAGAAUCCUUUCGAUAGAGGGAGAGAGAGGGAGAGGGAGGGAGAGAAAGAAAGAGAGAGGAAGAAAAUUUCGAUCAAAAGUGAUUAACGAAGAAGAACGAUCAUGUUUAGGCUUUUGGGUGGUCUAGCCUAUUAUCUCAAAUGGCAAGAAGUCUCCACCGUAUCUUUGCUCUUUCGCAUACAUAAUAACUUUACUUCGGUGGUGCUUCUAACUUGCUCAAUAAUAAUCACCGCGAAUCAGUUCGUUGGAAAUCCAAUCUCAUGUAUCGUCGGUCAUGGCCUGCCACAACAUGUCAUCAACACCUACUGUUGGAUAACCUCAACGUUCACGAUGCCGGACGCUUUCAGUCGACAGAUGGGCACUGAGGUGGCACAUCCAGGGGUAGCAAACGAUUUAGGAGACGUCAAUGCAAGGAAAUACUAUACUUACUACCAGUGGGUUUGCUUCGUACUCUUCUUCCAGGCAAUUUUGUGUUAUACACCUCAAUGGCUCUGGAACAUGUGGGAAGGUGGAUUGAUGAAUACAUUGAUCAUGGGAAUGAAUUGUGGCAUUGAUAAGCAAGAUAUCAUCAAGAAGAAAAAAUCCAAGUUGAUGGAAUAUAUUAUGUCCCAUUUAACGAGGCAUCAAAAGUACGUGUAUCACUACUUCGCUUGUGAGCUCUUGUGCCUGGUCAACAUUAUUGGACAACUGUACCUGAUGAAUCGUUUCUUCGAUGGAGAAUUUCUUAAUUAUGGCCUUCGUGUAUUACACAUAUCGAAUACACCGCAAGAGAAUCGUUUUGAUCCUAUGGUUUACGUAUUCCCUCGUGUUACAAAAUGCAUAUUUCACAAAUACGGUGCUUCCGGUACGAUACAGAAGCACGAUUCAUUAUGCGUUUUACCGCUAAACAUAGUCAACGAAAAGACUUAUAUCUUCAUUUGGUUCUGGUAUAUCAUUCUCUCCGUAUUUUUGAUUGGUUUGGUCGCUUACAGAGCUGCUAUAAUAUUUGCACCGGCCGUAAGACCAAGAUUGUUGCAUAUCGCAUCGCCUGGAAUAUCAAUUGAAACGUGUCAAAGUAUUAGUAGAAAAGUAGAUCUUGGUGAUUGGUGGAUACUUUAUAUUCUUUCGUGGAACAUGGACGGUAUCCUUUAUAAAGACUUUUUAGAAGAACUUACGAAAAAAAUGAGCUCCCAUAUUUCUCAACCGAUCAAUGCUUAAAUUUAUUUAGCAAUUGUAAAAUUAUAUCUAAUUAUAUUUUGCAGUUUAGGUAUUAACAAGGGACUGACUAGAGUCUAAUGUGACUCGUGUUGACAUGUUUCUUUAUUAUACGAGAGAAUACUCGUUAAAAAAAAAAAAAAAAAAAAAAAAAGAAAAAAAAGAAAGAAAAAACAAAAAAAAAACAAAAAAAAAAACAAAAGACAAAAAAAAUGUUACACGUUUACAUAAUUUUUGAUAAUAAUUUUACAAUGUCGGCGAUGUAGUCGUCGUAAGAUAGUUUAUAAACAACAAGAGGGAUAUAUUGCCAUUUUUGAUAAUAAUUUUGGUAUAUCAGUGACGUCAUCAAUCGUAAGAUAGUUUUUAGGUAAAAUAUUACCUUCGUACGUAUGGUUUAGAUAAUUGAUUGAUUAUAUUGCAUUUGCGUAAAAACGUAUAAGAGAUUAUCAAAAGAAUUAUAAGAAUAAUAUUAUAUUUAGUAUAGAAAUCAUAUAAACAUCUUUCCUUUUUUUUUUUUUUUUUUUUUUCUUAUAUAUAUAUACAUACAUGCGCGCCAGGAUUUGAAUCGAUCUUUGUCUUAUAUUGAUUACUCGAUCGACAGAUCAAUCUUGUACUUCGCAAACGUUCCUUAUCGUUGCUCGAAGAUCAUUCGUGCGUUUCUAUUGCAUUUCUUUAAAGCAUAGUAUGUUUAUAAUUAAUUAAUUAAUUAAUUAAUUAAUAACAUAAUUAAUAUCUAUGAUCUUUUGAUAAUAUACAAGUUCACUCGAGUGUGUUGGAUAUAUUCAUGACCGUGAACUAAUAUUAGUUUUAUAAAACAAGUUGCGGUUAUUAUUUUUUCCAUGUAUUAGAUAAUUUCGAACGAUGAUUAUCUUACUCGUUCUUAUAAAUAUUUUAUAUCAUUGAAUCAUUUACCAUCCAAUGGUAUUUAUGAUUUAUAAGGAUUAAUUCAUGAACAAAAAAGAGGUGAUAUAGAUUAGAAACUUUCAUUAGAUGUUCUUUCUCUUUCUACAUAGAAAAUUAUUGGAAUAGAUUGAAAUUAGUUCUAUUGUAUUUAAUUUGAUGAAAUGUAAGUAAUAUUUCGCUGAUUUUAGAACGACACAUUUCUAUAAAAUACUUUGCCCACUUGUGUUCCAGAAUUAACAACAACAACAACAACAACAACAACAAAAACAAUAACUAAUUGUUAUUACAAAAGACUUUUCACUAUUGUGGAUCUUCCAGCAGCUUUAUAGUACGUAAGACAGAUAUUCGGAUAAGCAAUUUAUUUGUAUCCACGUAUACGAUUGUAUAAAGAUUACUUUUGAAAUGA